AUGUCCCGUGAGACCGCCAAGGAACCGGAGGUCGCGGAGAAACCCCUUCCAGACCCGAGCGGCCAGCAGCAGCAGCAGCAGCGACCGGGCACCUCUGGCACGGAGACGCUCCUGACGACGAACCGGCGGCGCGCCUCGGAGAGGUACCAGCAGGCGGCGCGGGCCGAGCGCACCUACAAGGCGCGGAAGCGGUCGGCGGCGGCGCGGGCCUCCUUCGCUGAGGCCCGGACGCACUUCCGGGAGGCGGCGCGGCACCUGCGACUCGCCUUGCGCAUGACCCUCUCCGUCGUCAGGAACACCCCCUACCUCCUCAGCGACAAGGGCGAGAGGAUGCGCGCCAGGGCCGAGGAGGCCAGGCGGAGGAAGGCCGUGGAGAAGAGGAAGAAGCUCGAGGAGGCCCUCGCUAGGGAGAAGAGCGUUGGCGACGGCGAGGCUGGGGACGACGCCGAUAGGCCUGUUGAUCCGGCUGCUUGA